GCCCGGGGAGACCGGAUAUAGUGAAUGCGGGGCCCGGGGAGACCGGAUAUAGUGAAUGCGGGGCCCGGGGAGACCGGAUAUAGUGAAUGCGGGGCCCGGGGAGACCGGAUAUAGUGAAUGCGGGGCCCGGGGAGACCGGAUAUAGUGAAUGCGGGGCCCGGGGAGACCGAUAUAGUGAAUGCGGGGCCGGGGAGACCGGAUAUAGUGAAUGCGGGGCCCGGGGAGACCGGAGAUAGUGAAUGCAGGGUCCGGGGAGACCAGAUAUAGUGAAUGCAGGGUCCGGGGAGACCAGAUAUAGUGAAUGCAGGGUCCGGGGAGAACAGAUAUAGUGAAUGCAGGGUCUGGGG